GACUCGCUGAGGCCGGAAGGCAUUAGGAGGUUGAGGUCCCGGCAUGUGGUUGCGGGAGCCCGGCGGGCGCGGCCGUGGGAGGUAGCUGCUGACUGCGCCGCGGAAUCAGGAGCCGGUGGCGGAACGCCGGGCAGACUGUGUUGCUAACCAUGGCAUCUGGAGAUGACAGUCCUAUCUUUGACGAUGAUGAAAGCCCUCUUUAUAACCUGGAAAAAAUGGCAGAUCUUGUAGCUGUUUGGGACGUUGCAUUAAGUGAUGGAGUCCACAAGAUUGAAUUUGAGCAUGGGACCACAUCAGGCAAAAGAGUUGUGUAUGUGGAUGGGAAGGAAGAGAUAAGGAAAGAGUGGAUGUUCAAAUUGGUGGGCAAAGAGACCUUCUGCGUCGGAGCUGCAAAAACCAAAGCCACCAUAAAUAUAGAUGCUGUCAGUGGUUUUGCGUAUGAGUACACCCUGGAAAUCGAUGGGAAAAGCCUCAAGAAGUACAUGGAGAACAGAUCAAAAACCACCAACACCUGGGUACUGCACUUGGACGGCCAGGACUUGAGAGUUGUUUUGGAAAAGGAUACUAUGGAUGUAUGGUGCAAUGGUCAGAAACUGGAGACAGCGGGCGAGUUUGUAGACGAUGGGACUGAAACACACUUCAGUGUUGGGAACCAUGAGUGUUACAUAAAAGCUGUCAGCAGUGGGAAGAGAAGAGAAGGGAUUAUCCACACACUCAUUGUGGACAACAGGGAGAUUCCAGAGCUCCCUCAAUGACUGCUUGGUAAUGGGUUCUGAGCUGAAAAGGAGACAUCAGGACUUGCUAAUGGUGGUAAUUAAGUAUGUUCACUGUACAUAUCGGUAGAUUUAGUUUGCAAUGUUUUUAUUUUUAUCAUUUGUUACUUGAAACUGUAAUAUUCCAAUGGUCAAGAAAAAUGUGGAAUCACAAAAAUUUAUUUUUUAACUACUGUAAAAUGUUUCUAACUCAAAUGGAAAAUAAAAUAUGGACCAAACCCACUCACAUCUCACCACAGUAACCUUGACUGUAGUAAACACUGUAAAAUAAAAUGGUGCUGUCGCUGUG